AUGAACAACGAAGAUUAUGGGUACGAUUAUGAUUAUUUAUUCAAGAUUGUCUUGAUUGGUGAUUCUGGUGUUGGUAAGUCUAACUUACUCUCGCGUUUCACAACGAAUGACUUCAAUAUGGAAUCAAAAUCUACAAUAGGUGUGGAGUUUGCGACAAGAACUAUUGAAGUCGAGAAAAAGAAGAUUAAGGCACAAAUUUGGGAUACUGCUGGACAAGAAAGAUAUCGUGCCAUAACAUCUGCUUAUUACAGGGGCGCAGUCGGAGCGCUGAUCGUGUACGAUAUAAGUAAGCCAAGCAGUUAUGAGAAUUGUAAUCAUUGGCUAUCAGAGCUUAGAGAGAACGCUGAUGAUAAUGUUGCAGUUGGCCUCAUUGGUAACAAAUCCGAUCUUGACCACCUACGUGCGGUGCCAACAGAUGAAGCCAAAAAUUUUGCUCAGGAAAACCAAUUAUUAUUCACUGAAACAAGUGCUUUAAAAAGCGAAAAUGUUGAGCUUGCUUUUAGAGAGUUGAUCACAGCGAUAUAUCAAAUGGUAAGUAAGCACCAGGUAGACUUAGGUGACUCUGGCAAUAAUAAUGGAAUGGGACAAGCCCCAAAGGGACCUACAAUCAGUUUAACACCGGCGCCAAAUGAGAGCAAAAAGAAGUCUUCAAACAAUUGUUGUUAG